GGCCGUUAUAUAUUAUAUAUACCGUGUAUCAGAUAUUCGUCACACGUAAUCGGGAUAUUGGAUACGGGAUGCGGGAUACGCAUCGUGCACAUUGCACCCUCGCGCGAUUACCGUACGGGAAUUUGCGGCUGGAUUGAUUUGUCAUCGGUGUGAUUCAUGCGAGUAAGAAUGCACGAGUGAGACGACUUCGCGCCUGUCUACAACAGAGCGACACCGUAAAUGACCAAGAGCCAAGAUCGCUUGAAGGAUGUCGUGUGGUGCGGCAAGACCGCCUGCCCGUGCGUGCGCUUCUCACACGUGAGCGAGCCGGGCGAUCCCGAAGCGGCGGCGACCAUGUAUCUGAUCGUGGGGCCGACGCGCGGCGGCAAGACGCUCCUGCUCAAGCGUCUCAUGCUGCACGCGACGACGCGAGACGUCGGCGAUGGCGACGUGCCGCCGACCGUGCCGACGGUUGGCACGAACCUCGUCAACGUCUCGCUCGGCAAGAAGAGCGAGAUCACCGUGCGCGAGCUCGGUGGCAGCAUGGCGCCCAUCUGGCACAACUACUACCGCGACUGCCGGCACCUGAUGUUCGCGAUCGACCUGAGCGACCGCGCGCGCGUCGCCGCCGCGUGCGUGCAGCUCACCGACGCGCUGUCGUCGCCGGAGCUGCCGCGCAGC